CCUGAGACCAGGCUAUGUCCCGGACCCCAUCCCCACAUCCUUAGGGACCAAAAGCGCGGAGAGGUGGGAAAGUAGAGGGUCCUCUCUGGAUCCUGAGAAAAUGGGGGCUGAGGGGCUGUUUCCUCCUGCCAGUGCCGGGCUCUAGGACCCAGCGGGCAAGUACGCCCGCCUCGCGCUUACCCCCUCCCCCCGAACCACCCCCUUCCCCCCACCCAUCUUCCAGGUUCCCCCUCCCUCCCCCCUCGCCCCGGCUCCCGGUGCCCGUCUCUAGCGCCGCCGGAGCCUGCGAGGGAGCCGGAGCGAACAGGAGGAGGAGGAGGAGGCCACGUCGCCGCCGCUCGGAGCCCGGCCGGAGCCUCCCAGGCAGGUACAUGGUUCAGGUCCGAGCUGUGGUGAUGGCCCGAGAUGACUCCAGUGGGGGCUGGCUGCCUGUGGGGGGCGGGGGCCUCAGCCAGGUGAGCGUAUGUCGGGUCCGAGGGGCCAGGCCCGAGGGGGGGGCCCGCCAGGGGCACUACGUCAUCCACGGGGAGCGCCUCCGGGACCAGAAAACCACGUUGGAGUGUACCCUGAGGCCGGGCUUGGUUUACAACAAGGUGAACCCCAUCUUCCAUCACUGGAGCCUGGGUGACUGCAAGUUUGGGCUAACAUUUCAGAGUCCUGCAGAGGCUGAUGAGUUCCAGAAGAGCCUGCUGGCUGCACUGGCCGCACUGGGUCGAGGCUCGCUUACCCCCUCCUCCUCCUCCACCUCCUCCUCCCCUUCCCAGGACACUGCAGAGACUCCUUGCCCUCUGACGUCCCACAUGGACAGCGAGUCCUCCUCCAGUCACAGCCACCAGGAGACACCUCCCACCGCCUCCGCGGCGGCCACCAUCAUCACCGUGGAGUCAGCUUCUGGCUUCGGGCCGGCCACGCCCCACCAGCGCCGCCGCUCCUCCGCUCAGAGCUACCCUCCACUCCUACAGUUCACGGGGAUUCCGGAGCCCUCAGAGCCCCUGGCCGGGGCAGGGGCACCGGGAUGGGGCGGCCGAGGCUAUGAGGAUUACCGGCGCGCCGGGCCGCCCGCGCCCCUCGCCCUGUCCACCUGCGUCGUGCGCUUCGCCAAGACCGGCGCGUUGAGAGGUGCAGCCCUGGGUACCCCCGCCGCACUGCCCGCCCCUCUCACUGAGGCUGCGCCCCCAGCACCCCCGGCUCGCCCACCCCCAGGCCCCGGCCUGGCACCUGCGCCGGCCAAGACGUCCCCGGAGGCGGAGGAGGCGGCGCGCUGCAUCCACUGCCGCGCGCUCUUCCGCCGCCGCGCUGACGGGCGUGGCGGCCGCUGCGCAGAGGCCCCGGACCCGGGUCGCCUGCUGGUGCGCCGGCUCAGCUGCCUGUGGUGCGCCGAGAGCUUGCUCUACCACUGCCUGUCGGACGCCGAGGGCGACUUCUCGGACCCGUGCGCCUGCGAGCCGGGCCACCCGCGCCCUGCCGCGCGCUGGGCCGCACUGGCCGCGCUCUCCCUGGCAGUACCCUGCCUCUGCUGCUACGCGCCCCUGCGCGCAUGCCACUGGGUCGCAGCGCGAUGUGGCUGUGCGGGCUGCGGGGGUCGCCACGAGGAAGCAGCGCGGUGAAGACGGUCUGGUGGGUCGAGUAGCCGGACCGAGGACCCAACAUUGAGGGUCCAGGACCCGGACUCCUUUUGGACCCCAAACCAAAACCUAGGCACAUCUGGAACUUGGAGCUUGAGUUUGGAUUGAGAGACCCUAGACCCGGAACCUGGACCCCAAAUAUAGGACUGAGAUCCCAGAUGCAUCUUCACUGGGAUGUCUAUCCAAGAGGUCCCAGGCAUCCUGAGUUCUGGUGUCCCUGCCCCACCUCUUGAUCCCACCCCACCCCAACCUAAACUGGAGAGACCCAGACUCUGCACAUCAGGCAGGCCGUAGAGCACACGGACCACCUGAGAGUGGCAGGGCCCUGGACUCCCCCCAACUAUCAAAUAGCCAUCCCAUACCUAGUCAUGCCUGGCACCAUGAACUGUCAGAUUACAGCCCCAGAAUUAGGAGUUAAUACCUGACCCUCCCUCUAUUCAAUUACUCCCGGAUCUUGAGACCACAGGAUCCAGAAUCACCCAAAUGGUCCCUGAAUGCUCAUCUAAAAUCUGGGGUACCCAUAUUUGAGAUGUUCUUUUUGCCCCAGGACCCCUGAGAUACCAAACCCUCUUAAGAUACCCUGAGUCCUUGGAUAUGCUCAAACAGAUGUUCUCUGACCAAAAUGAUUUGGGAGACUCAUCUCAAAGCCCCCACCCCCAUCUCUAUUCCAAGAUUCAGAUGUCAGACUCCAAGAUGCUCUGGGAGCCAGGAAUCAAAGACUUCUGUAGGUCCACCCACCCCAAACCAGUCUUCCCAGGAGCUUUGGAUCUCAAACGUAGGACUCUCUGAGGUGCCUAGUAUCCUCAGAUGUAGGACUAAAGCCACCAACACCUCAGGGUCCCAGACACUGGUCCCAAGUCCUCUGUCCUCAUCCAAUCCCCCUUGUACUUGAAUUUCAAAUCUCAGAAGGUCCUGGAAUCUUUGACUUCUUUGUACCCACAGAUCCCUAAAGACUGGGGAGCCCAGCUCCAGGAAGAUGAGAUGUUCAUGGCAACCCACACCUCCGACCCCUCAGCCCCAAUCCCACGAGUGACUCCAAGGUGCUUUAGGAGCACUGGAUCCAAGACCCCAAGGUGCCACUGACCCCCCAAAUUCAGAGCUCAAGCCUACACAACAUUGGGAUUGUCCUUGACCCAGGAUCUUGGUCGCUCCAUGCCAGGGACAUAUCUGAGGUACCCCAGGACCUAGCAACUUCAGAUCCUAGAUUUUUAAAAAUUUAAACCUCUCUAGCCUGAUAUUCCCUGAGAUCUGCUGCCCUUGAAUCCUGCCAUACAUAGGCUCCUGAGACCCUUAUUUCCCAGACUCUGGAAUUCUAAUCCCAGGGACUCCAGCCCAAGCCCCCAGCAUCCCACAGAACUUCUCUUUUAGGAGAAAAACCCCAGCACUUGGAGUUCUGUUCCUAGAUUCCAGGGUCUCCUGAGAGCUCCUCUGUUCCCAUCCCUAGGUCCCAAGCAUUGCCAUAGACAGUUGUGCAGGCCGUGUGCUAAGUGACAGUGCACAGCCAAGGUGGCGAGCAGGGCUGAAGUUCACAUCGCAUUGUGCUGGCCACACUGUGCCCUUAGAGGAAGGUGUCCAUGUGUGGGUGUGUCUGUCUGUCUCUCUCUCACACAAUUCCAGGCCUUGCAGACUCAGCCCCAAACCCAGCCUUGAGCAUUAGCCCUGGUCCAUGCUUUUUAACAUUCUGCCUUCUGUUAACCCCUUCUCUCCCAUCUUAGAGUUGGGAUUGCUUCAGAAAAUUUGAAAGCCUCUUUUAGACCUCUUUUCUGGGGUAGGAGGAUGCCACUAUCUCCUUUUCCUGAGUGGAAUGGGACUUCCAGGGUACUUUAGAUCUGAUGGCCUGAAGGGAGAUCAAGGUCUUGGAGCAAGACAAUCUCAAUAUUGUAUGGACUUGGGACUCGCAUCUGGUCCCCUGUAUCUGGAGAUGUGCACUUAUCUUUCUUCAUUGCCCAGACUUUGAUGCCUUGUAGGGGGUUCAGGGGAUAGGUCAAGGGGAUCAAAGGGAUAGAGCCUUCUGUCACUUCCUUUAAAUUAUUAACUAUUUACUACAUCCGGAACCUGUGAUAUUCAGCUCUCCCAACCAGACCUGGAAUGGGUGAGAGAAAAGGGGGGUGUCCCUCCUAUCCCCACUCUGCCCAGCUCUCAUCACUGUCAGACCCACCAGAGCUGAGAGCGGAGGGACUGGGGGCUGGGACAGCCUGGGUCCCCAUCCCCCUCUCUGUGCCUCAGUCUCCUCCCUUCCCUCGUGGGCGGGAGGAAGCUCCAUUCUUAACCUACCUCGUUUUGGGGAGGGGUGGGACAGGGGACCAGAGUGCUGUAAGGUGCUGUGGGAUCUGCGGAUAAAGUGAUGGGGGCUGGGGAAAGGUGUCCCCCAGCCCCCACCUCCCAGCACCACCUCUCCCAGGUCUCCCAGUCCUGCUCCCUGCUGACACCCACCUCUGAUCCAUGAUUACUCUUCAUCACCCCCAAAGCAGGGGUGCAUGGAGGGCUGACCCUGGGAGCCAGGAAGACCUCAGAUCCUGGAGUCCCCAGGCCCAAUUUCCCAGCUGCUUGCCCCUCGGAUUGGAUGCUUGGUCCCAAGACUUGGGGAAGACACUCCAACGUUUAUCUUCCCGAUUUUGAUUUCAAGCCAAUCUGUGACUUCAGUAUUGUUAUCGUCAGUGCAGGCUGAAGUGGUGGUGGAGGAACAGGGGCAAAGACCCAGCCUUGUCAUCGGGGGAGGGGCAUGAGAUAUUCGCUCCAAGAAACGCCUGUGACAAAGUCUCA